AUGGAUAUCCUUCCCUGCCCUGACCCCCCCACCCCAAACCCCCACCCCAUCCAUACAGCAGGACAGAUGAGGAAGUAUGCCUCUGCAGGCUGCCUGCUGUCACUGCACCACAGUGAGAAGCCGGACCAUGAGGAGGUGUGUGAGUUUCGGCCGUACUCCUGCCCCUGCCCGGGGGCGUCCUGCAAGUGGCAGGGCUCCCUGGAGGCGGUGAUGCCCCACCUGAUGCACGCCCACAAGUCCAUCACCACGCUGCAGGGCGAGGACAUCGUGUUCCUGGCCACGGACAUCGACCUGCCCGGGGCGGUGGACUGGGUGAUGAUGCAGUCCUGCUUCGGCUUCCACUUCAUGCUGGUGCUGGAGAAGCAGGAGAAGUACGAGGGCCACCAGCAGUUCUUCGCCAUUGUGCUGCUCAUCGGCACCCGCAAGCAGGCUGAGAGCUUCGCCUACCGCCUGGAGCUCAACGGGAACCGGCGCCGGCUGACCUGGGAGGCCACGCCGCGCUCCAUCCACGACGGCGUGGCGGCCGCCAUCAUGAACAGCGACUGCCUGGUGUUCGACACGUCCAUCGCCCACCUCUUCGCCGACAACGGCAACCUGGGGAUCAACGUCACCAUCUCCAUGUGCUGAGUCACUGACCCCCCCCCCCCCCCCCCAGGAGGCUGCUGUGCUGUACAGAUGUGCACUGGGAUGGGGGAGGAAGGAGGGCAGAUUCGUGAGUGAGUGAGUGAGUGAGUGAGUGAGUGAGUGAGUGAGUGAGUGAGUGAGUGAGUGAGUGAGUGAGUGAGUGAGUGAGUGAGUGAGUGAGUGAGUGAGUGAGUGAGUGAGUGAGUGAGUGAGUGAGUGAGUGAGUGAGUGAGUGAGAGAGAGUGCGCGUGUGCAGGAAAAGUACACUGGGCAUUAGUUAAACAAUCAGCAUAGAUAUUAUGCCACUUUGACCCUAUAAUGAUAAUGAACUCGCUGAUAUAUCUGCUGAAUCCUCCAGUAGAUAUUCUGAUGAUGAUGAUUAUAUGGGUCCAGUGCCUUGUAUGUCAGACUGCAUCUGUCCCCCAUGUUUGAGGGAAGAGAACAGUGGAAAGGCCUUCUUACUGCCCAGGUGCGCCAACCAAAGUGUCUAAGAGCGCCUCUCCACCCUGUCCCACCACACUGCUGAGAUCACCUGCUCAACUUGAACCGUGUGAGAGGAAAGGUGGUCUACAUUUCAAGGUUCCUCACGGAGACCUGCAGGAGACAAGUGAAAAAAACUGUACCCUGAAACUGUACAUUAACCUCUUACCCUCAUAAUUACUGAGUGUUUAAACGUGUGUGUGUGUGUGUGUGUGUGUGUGUGUGAGAGAGAGUGUGUGAGAGAGAAUGAUUUUCAUUGAAUGAGACUUGUUCUAUGUGUGUAACCACUUUCUCUCCAAGCUUUUCUUUUUGAAUUAUUAGAACAGGGGCAGUUGCUAAUUGCAGCAAUGACUGACCCUCACACACUGACCGGAAGCUCUUAACCAUUCACACAGUGACAGCUUCCUGUUUCCAGUGCUGGACCCUGACCCUGCCACUGCACUGACAGGCCACAGCCUUUUACUGCUUCAGGAAAUUCCAGUUGGGUUUCGGCGGACAUUUUAAGGGAAACGCAUUUUGUACGUGUAUGCGACGCUGAUCCUGACAGGACUACAACACCCACAAUCCCCCGGUGUGUAAAAUCUGGGAGGAUCUUUUAUCUUCUCCCGUUGGUCAGUUACCCACGAGGCCUUACUCGGCUGUGCAGGUGUAAACAGCCCUGCGCUUUGGACCCGCGGUUUUGGACCAGACCAGGUGGCCCAGGUGCGGGGCUCCCCUGAUCCACAUCUGAAGGCAGUUUGUCGCAGCCGUUGUAUUGUGGGGGGAAAACCGCCCUGCAGUGCAACCAGGAACCAGAGACCUACCAUAAACAAACAGUGAAAUACCUCUGAUAACGGACAUGUCUGUAUGGGGAUCCGUGGAGUCUCCCCUCCUGCACUUGUAGAAGGUGCCUGUUCCAAUGUUUUAUUUUAUAAAUGAUUCUGAAGUAUGAUUAACAUUUAUAUAAUUCAACAAAAUUGUAUACGAAAUGACCUUGGUGUUAUUUUAAGUCCUGUUUAUUUGUUGGGUGUGUUCCCAUCCCGCACGCACACGAUCAGUUUCUUCUGCAGGAAACGCCUCAGCGUUGCCAGGCUUUGUUUAUCAAGGAACCCGAUCUUUCAGUUCUCUGCGUAGCUGGGCGUUUCUCUGAGGGCGUCUGUCCUUCAGUGAGAGGAAUACGUGACUACUUCACUGACCUGGGACCAACGCGGGCUCCGAUUGGAUCUGGGACACAGGGUGUAUUCCGGACUGAAGCUCCUGAUUGGCUGUCCCUUGGUGAUCAGGGUGAUAAUCAGGAAGUUGCCGCUGUGAGCCAGGGAUCGCUUUUCCACACAUUCCUCAGGAGCGCACUCCUCCGUGAGCUCUGUACGGGCGGCGGGAAGCCUGGCAGUUAUAUCGCCAAUACGUCUUUCAGAGUUCUGCUCAUCACCCUGUCGUGUUCGAGAGCCAGGACCUCAUUGGCUCCAUUCCACCACAUUCGUUAAAAGAAAAAGAGCCUUCGGCUUUAACUUGGUGAACUGCAGUAAUACUCUUCAGGAUUUCUGUAACAGCCUACCUGCCCAAAGUUAGUGUCAUGCCCUGACCAUUGUUUAGUGUUCAUUUGAAGAGGAAAACAGUGCUUUUGCUGUGCGGUCAGAUUUUAUAACGACCUGUUAGCCAAGCCCCAGCUGAGCUCACUUCAGCGGAAAGAUGUGGGCUUAAAAAAAGGAAAAUGACAACAAACAGGAUGUAUAUGUAUUUUCAGAAAGCCUUGUAUCUGUGUAUCACAUUUUUUGCAAGAUGGAUUAUGAUCAAUUUAUGAUCAGAGCGUUUUCUUGGAACUGGUCUUCUGUUGUCUGUGGUCUAAGUAGAUGUAAUCAUGGUUUCUGUGACAGUUUAUCAUUGAUUGUAAUUUUGAGUAUUUACAAUGCUUUAUGUGUAUAUUGUAAAUGUUAUAUUUACAAUACUAUAAUUUCCCCUUGUUGAUGUAUAUAAAAGUGUUUAUUGGAAAAGAGUGGGUAGACAGAUGGGGCUUUAUAAUGAGCAGACACAUGUUGUUAAUUUUAAUUAAGUCCCAAAGGAUAUGCAUUUGAUUAGCUGCUGCUACCGCAUAUGAGGAGCUGGGUUCAAACCUCGGUCUAUAAAUACACAAGUAAAGCGUGAUCAUUUCCAGCAAAUAAGAAUAAAAAAAGCUCAGUGGUUUUUAACUUCACUUUAACGUCACUUGUGAAAUAGGCUUAAAAUAGGCUUAAAAUACUCACUCAAGCACUUGUUCUCUUUCUCCUUAAAAUCUUUUUUUAAUAAUAAAUAAUUGCAGUAAUUUGACAUUGAGCAUAAUUAGCCCGGUGGUCUGCGUUCGAAUCCCAGCCGCACAAACCCCUACGGUGGCCCCGCAGGGUCACUCGUUAAUUAGGAAUAGAGUUGGCCUGGUUUAGGGCGGAUUCCAUUGGCCAGGGAUCUGUGUCUCAUUGCCCUCUGGUGACCCCUACUGGUGGACCGGGUGCGGCUGUGUCUGUCCUUAAAGCUCACAUGGGAGUCCUCCUCCUCCUCGUGUCCGUGCAGCUGGGCCGGUGGGCGGCGGUCUGAAGCGGAGCCGCUGAGGUCCUGGGGCGCUGCGGAGGGGAACCGUCCGCGUCAGCCGAGGCGGCCAUCUUAAGAUGUUAAAUCAGUAAACCGUAUUUACCUUUCUAAAUGUCACCCAUAUUAUUAUAUGGGAUUUUAAGGAAAAUCCUCCCGCUGUCAAGUUUAAAACACUCACCAAACAGGAUCAGUGGUUUUAUACCUUAUGCUCCGCAGUUUAAAUUUAAAACAGCUUCUUCGUCUGAGUUUAAGUCUGAAAUGACUCUCGUGUAUCUCAGCUGAAAUCUGAAAUGGCCGUCCUGUCGCAGUUUAAGGCUCAAACUCCUGGCCUUCUUUGGCUCAGAGCCCCUGUAGCUCUCUCGUUUGACCGUGUGAGCUGGGGAACGAUUAUGUGGAUGGACGGCCUCAACUGAAGUUAUAAACUCUCAGGGCCAGUUUCACAGAUACUGAUUGAGCCUAGUCCUAGACUGUAUUUUAUUUUGAACGGAGAUUCUCCAUACAAAACGUGGGUAAUCCAGGACUAAGCUCAGUCCGUCUGUGAAACCAGCUCCACGAGUCAUUGCCCUCCUUUCCCACUGGUCUCCAGAGCAGUCUCCAGAGCAGUCUCCAGAGCAGUCUCCCUCGAUUGAAGAGGUCCUACAUUUUCACAUGCAUAAAUGCCGUAUUAUCAUUGUACAAUGAUACACUCCCAUUCUCUGAAAAUCUGAAAUAUGUUUGAUAUUUUAAUUUAUUCUUAACUAAAUUGUGUCUGUGCUGGUUGUCUUCGCUCCCUGCCAGGUGAUUGGCAGCCCUGACGUGGUGUGAGAGCGGUUUGGUGUAAUGUUCGUGAUGGAGGUGGAUCGCUGUGGAAACCCUGCUGAGCAGGCAUUUGUACUGUACAUGUCUGUUUGGUGUAACGUGCCCAAUUUUUGUUUUUGGAAAAUAUAUUCAAUUUAUGCGUUUGUUAGCCGUGAAAUGAUAAGUGGUAGAAUAUUUCGUUUGAUGUUAACUGUAUUUUAAGUUUUUCAGACUCUCCCCUUCAUCAUGAGAACACUGAUUUGAAGAGCUCAAAGAGUCAUUCUGCCCAUAGGAAUAAAAAUAAAAUUUGGUCUUUAUCUCUUGUAAUUCAAUUAAAUACAAUUUAUACACAA